GUUUUGAAAAUAAAGAUAUAUAACCGCCGUCAACAUUUAGCAGCAAAUGGCUAAAACGCGAAUAAAAACGACACCAACACGCAUGCAAAAGGAAGCAUUAAUGGCGUCUGCAGCCGUAACCACCACCACAAAUGUUGUCACGGAACAUGUUUUCAAGAAACGCUUAAGUGUCUUAAAGAACUCCAUCACUGCCACCAAGGAGACGACGACUGCAAUGCCCAUACAAUCGACAAUAAUUGUUCGACCACCGAAACGUACAAAUUCCAUAUCAUCUACAACAUCAACGAUCUCGCACACAAGUGAUGGCAGUCACUCAUGUGCCGACUCACCGCCACCAACAAACAUUACGAUCACACCCACCCAAAGCAAUGGACCAACAAUGGCCGAACUAACCGAAAAUGCUAUAAAAACCUUAAAUGCUGGUUUGCUGGCCAAAUCAAAUGCUUUAGCGUUGAAAAAUCGUAAAGUCUAUAUGAUCACGGAGAAAUGUGACGACGCCUCAAAUGGUGGCAAUAGCAAUGGCACAGGUAGUGGUGGAGCUAAUGGAACGGCCCCCGCCCAAAAGCGUAAAAUGUACUUAAUCAUGGAGGAAAAGGAGAGUGAUAAAAAUGCUGAGAAACUAAUGAAAACGGAUAAUACAAAUAACUCAAAAAAGUUGACACUAUUUACGGACACAACCAAUGGACAAUUGCCGCAGAAAUUUGAAAAGAUUUUACCCGAAAUACUCAAUUGUAUACAAGCUAAAAAGGGUGGCUCAGUGAAUGGCAAAUCGGAAAUUGUCAGCACUGAGCAAAAUAACAAACAUUUAACCUCAGCCACUUUAGUGAAUGAGGUCAACACGAAAUUUCAAUUGAAAAAUGAAAACAACGAAAGACUGCCCUUGACAUUGCCACCAAAAAAGAAUCGUACCAAAAUCAUAACCACUCAAAUAAUACCAGUCAAUCCCACACAACAUGCCAUAUACCAAGCCAAUGUUAGCGAUAGUUGGGCUACAUCAACGGCAGCUGCAGCAACAGCAUCAGCAGCCGCCAUAAUUCCUGCAGUUGGAGUAGUAGUAUCGGGUGUUAACCCCUCUGGAUAUGUAGCCCACCAUAACAAUAAUGGUUUUUGUAAACCGGAAAAUUCAAAAGGUGCUACACCCGUUAUAGUAAAUGCCUCCACACUGCUGACUGCCAAUGGCAAUAACAAUUCGAAUGGCCUGAAGAGCAAAGAGAAUGUUACUGGCAGCACCUCCUCAGCCAAUCAAUUGCAUAAAAAUAUCAAUCUAUCGACUGAUUUUCUAUUCCUUAUGAAAAUGCUGCCCAAAUUGGAGAGUAUUGAGGAGCCCCAAAAGACAUAUGUCAAGAACUGCAUUGAGGAUAUUAUUAAUCAAUAUGCCGGCAAUGAAAACGUGGAACAAUGAAGUAACGCAAGGACUUUUGAAAUUACA